UAUACAAUUCAAUUUGCUCGAAUCUUGAGCAAUACAUCUUGACCAAACAAAAGGCUUAAGGUCAUUGAAAAGAGAAAGAAAAAUCUACAAAGAUAAGAAGAGGAACAGAGUGUUGUGCAGUGAAGUGAGUCGAGGCUGCGAGAUCCACUUAAAUAGAGGGCAGUGGCUUGCCCACUUGAGCCGCAGCCACCUCCUUUCCCUUCCACUGCCAGCUCCGGCGGCCUCGCCCCAGCCGGAUCCUAGCACCCAUGGCACUUUAACUACUUGACCAGUGCUGCCACUCGGCCAAGUGUUCAUAACGGAUCGAGAAUGGAAGCAGAGGACUACUCGGCCGGGUGUUCCUUCUCCCUCAUGUGCCAAGAGGACGGCGCCGACCUCGGCGACGGCUUCACCAGCGACGACGACGGCGGCGAGAUGUUCUUUAUGCACAAUGCCGCCAACGAAAACGAGGAAGAGGAGUACAUGGAGCACCUGGUGUCCAAGGAGACGAGUUUCUGCUCCUCGCCCGAGUCCUCGGCGCCGUCCAUUGCCGGCUCCGAGGACUGGCUCCAGUGCACGCGGCGCGCCACCGUCAAGUGGAUCCUCGAGACGCGGGGGCACUUUGGGUUCUGCCACCGCACGGCGUACGUGGCGGUUGCCUACUUCGACCGCUUCUCCCUCCGCCGAUGCGUCGAUAGGUCUGUGAUGCCGUGGGCGACGCGACUGCUGGCCAUGGCGUGCGUGUCGCUGGCGGCGAAGAUGGACGAGUACCGGGCGCCGGCGCUGUCGGAGCUCUGCUUCUGCGGCGCCGGCGGCUACGAGUUCAGCAGCGUCUCCAUCCGCCGCAUGGAGCUGCUCGUGCUCUCCACGCUCGACUGGCGGAUGGGCGCCGUCACGCCCUUCGACUACCUCCCCUGCCUCUCCUCCAGGCUCCUCCGCCCAGCCAACGGCGGCGCCGGAGCCGGCGCCCUCGUCAAGGCUGCCGCCGCUCUCAUAUUCUCCGCCGCCCAAGUGGCGAGCGUGCUCGACUACCGGCCGUCCACCGUGGCCGCGGCCGCCGUGUUGGCGGCAACCCACGGCACGCUUACCAAGGAGGCGCUGGGCUCCAAGAUGAUCCAUCUCUCCCCGUCUUGCCUCCCCGAGAAGGAGGAAGUAUACGCCUGCUACACCAGGAUGCUGGGCGAUCCAUCGCCACCGGCGUCCAAGAACAAGAACGGCAAGAGAUCGGCGGCCAUCGUCCUUACUGAUAGUACAUACGACUCCUCAUUCGACGCCGCCUCCUUCUCCGUGGCGCCGGCGAUGAACAACAAUAAGAGAGUGAGGCUGGAGCUGCCGCUGGCGGACAUCCACCGGUGAUCGUCCGAGUUCGCCGCUAGGACACAACAUCUUUUUCCGUAGGUGUCUAGCUAGCCGCGCGGCCGGAGCUUCGAUCGAGCCGCGACCAUUUCCUUGACAACUUUUUUUUUUAGUUUUUUCAGUUAUUUGAUGGACGCAUCGCCAGAUACUCCCUCCGUCCCACUACAUGAGGCACACUUUCCAAGAUCUUGAAUGCAUCUAGAGUCAUGUCUAGAUACAUCCGAAUUUUGACAAACUUAAGACAUCUUUUGUUGGACAGAGGAAGUACCAAAAUAUAAAUUAUAUGACGUAAAGAAUAUAUCAUUAGAAAGUUCAUUUGAUUACGAAUCUAAUGAUAUAGUUUUUAUGAAAUAUAAUUUAUAUUUUGGUGGUUAAAUUUGUAAUCUUGGAAUGCGUGCGUGUCUCAUGUAUUGGGACGGAUGAAGUAAAUGGUUAUCGGCAGUGCGUCCAGAUUGGAUUGGUUUGGUUUCCUUUGGUUCUGAGUGAGAUCGAGAGCUGAAAAAUAAGACAAGAGAAUCGAGAGUAGAGUGAGGUUUCCUAAGGAGAGGAGAGCUCCGCUCAGAAAAAGCUCGAUGUAAAAAAAAGCAGAGAUCGGAAAGCUCGGGCACUGCAAAGUUGCACGCUGGAUUCCACUUGCGAAUAGUAGUAUCUCAUGAGGAGAAUGCAGAAUACCGGCCGGCCGGUCAGGGUGCAAUGCAAAGCAAGUACCGUGGUCCCGUUGCCCUUAAGAAUUCUCAUCCUGAUCAAAGGCAUUCCCCACCACACCCACUGCAAAGUUCACAUGUAUACGAGUGCCUGGAGUAGUUGUUUCCUUGGCUUCUUGCUGGUGUGCUGCUGCUGCUAUAUAAACUCUUUGUAAUAAUCUCGUGUAACCUUUGCUAGUACAACAUGCAUGAGGAGGGACGGGUAUCA